GCGCCUCGCCUCGCCUCGCCUCGUGGUCACAGAUGCAUGCGCGGCCCGCCGCCGCCGGCGUAGCACCGAGUCUACGCGGCCAGCCUCCGGCCUUCGGCUGGGUAGUAUAAAUAGACAUGCACACCGCCGCGACGAUCGAUCGGCCGCCUCAGCUAUACAUCAUCAGUCAGUCUCACCGAUCGAUCAGUCAGAGCUGCUAUUACGACCAAGAUCAUCACUAGCUAGCUAGUAGUUAACCAGCACUCCUCCAUUAUUAUUCAUGAUGAGCUCGCUGACGGCGGCGAGGCUCGCUCUGGUGGCGUACCUGCUGCUCGCGACGCUGCUGCACCCCUGCCUCUGCCAUGCUGCAACGGCCGUGGCGGCUCCGGCGGCCGCCGCUCCUACUGCCGCCGGCAACUGGAGAGUGGAUCCGAAAUCGAUUGACCAGGGGGUGGCGUACGUCCUCAUGCUCCUCGCGCUCUUCGUCACCUACAUCGUGCACUGAAUUUUGGAUGGACUACUGUACUAUUGAACAGCUAUAGCAAAACGUAGAUUAUUAUUAUUAUUAUCCAAAUUAACGCUCAUGAGUCAUGACGGUCGAUGGGGUCCUCCUGGAAGCAGCUCGAUUAUAUUAAAGCAAGAGGGAGUAUGUAAUUAGUGUCUAUUGUACGUCUUGAUUCCCGUACGUCGCCGGCUAUCACAUGCUCGACGUCGUCAACGAGCAGUUCUCGGCCGGCCUGCAGAACUCCCUCUUUCUUUCUUUUCUUUUUUCUUCUUCCAAGUUUGAUAUGAUGCGACUUUGAAGUGAGUUCGGAAGUAUAGUAUCUGCUAGUCAUCAUACAUAAGGUAUUCAGGUACCGUAAAAUGUUCAUUAUAUAUCUAUAGUACUGAUUUUAUAUUA